AUGGCCCUUCAGGAAGUCACUCCGUCUUCCUCCGCCCCUGCCUCCUCUCCCUCCCCCGCCUCCCCCGCUUUUUCUACCCCUUCUCGCCUCGAUCCCCCCUCUCCGUACCUCCCAUCCCCGCUCGGUGCCUCUUCCGCGGGUCCCGCGCCCGACAACCCCAUUUCCCCGCGAUUCUGCUCCCCGCGCGCAAUCUCUCCCCCGCCGCUUCCGCCUCCCGUUCCCCCGUCCCUCUGGGCGCGCGUGGAGCGCACGAUCAACUCACUGUGCCACAACCGCUGGCUGGGGCUCAUCUGCGGGCUAUGGCUGCUCGCGUGCGCGGGGAGCUCCGCGACGUUCGCGAUCUACUCGCCGGCGCUUAAAGCCGUCGGCGGGUACAACCAGCGGGAGGUGGACGGGCUCGCGGUGGCGAAGGACAUGGGCGAGAGCGUGGGGUUACUGCCGGGGCUGCUGUGCGACGCGCUGCCCGUGUGGGCGCUCGUGCUCGUCGGGUCGCUGCACUAUCUCGUCGGCUUUAGCGGGCUCUUCGCCGUCGCCACUCAGCGGAUUCUGCCGCUGCCGUUCUGGCAGAUGUGCGGGCUGAUGCUGAUGGGGUCGCAGGGCACGGCGUGGUUCAACACGGCGGUGCUCGUCACGUGCGUGCGCAACUUCCCGCGCUCGCGCGGCUCGGUGGUGGGGCUACUUAAAGGCGUCGUGGGGCUGUCGGGGGCCAUCUUCACGCAGGUGUACGCCGCGCUCAUCGCGCCGGAUCAGGCGGCGUACCUCGGGUUCAUCGCCGUCGUGCCGCCGCUCGUGUCGCUCCCCGCCAUGACGUUCCUCAGGCCGUCGAAGCGGCUGCGCGCGGGGCACUGCACGGCGCACGAGACGGAGCGCGACGUGCGGCGGCGCGAGGAGCACGAGGCGCAGACGCUGCACACGUUCCUGGUGAUCGCGCUGGGGCUCGCGGCGUACCUGCUGCUCGCCAUGCUGCUCCACGACAGCAACUCCUCGCAACAGGUGCGGCGACGGGCGGGGUGGAGGGCUGAGUGGCCAUCGUGCUGUGCCUCACUGGAAUCGGGAUUGCUGCCUGCUCCCUCUCUCCUCCUUCCGGAUGCUCGCUAUCGCCACCAACACACAUCCAACUCACCAUUCCCCCUCUUCCUCCGUCUGCCCGUCCGUCUUGCGUACCCAUUCUCCCUUCCUUCCCCCCAACCCGUUCCCCUCUUCCUUCCCCCCAACUCGCCCCCCACGCUCUCCCGCAACCCGUCCUCCCCUCUUGUGCAGUUCAACCGCGGCAUUCUCGCGGGCAUGGUGUCGUUCCUGCUGCUGCCGCUCGCCACCUUCCUCCCCCCGCUCGUCCCCACCUCCUCCGCGCUCCCCUCCACCGCGCUCACCCCCACCGCCUCCGUCACUCCCCCCAAGUCCCGCCGCCCCUCCGCGGAAGAUGGGGGCGCAGGCGAGGGGGGGCUGGAGAGGAGUCGGACGUGGGACGGCGGGGAGGCGGGGGCAGCAGCGGGGGCAGCGGGAGCAGGGGGGGCGGGGGGAGCGGGAGGUGGGGAGGCGAGGGAGGAGCGGGCAGUGAUGCUGGGAAGCUUCCCGGAGGAUGAGUCACUUCUGGGGGGGGACAGGCGCGGCAGGGAGGGGGAGGGGACGGGGGGCGGGUUCCGGGGGGGAGUGUUGGAGCGCAGUGAGAGCUACGACUCUCUGCUGUCGGACAUCAGCCGCGUCAGCUCCCUCGCUGACCUCCAGUCCUACUUCGCUCGCGGAGGAGGAGGAGGAGGGGGCGCGCUAGGAAUGCCCUCGCCCAUGGGCAUGGGCAUGGGCAUGGGCAUGGGUGGCGGUGGUGCCAUGGGGGGUGCUUCGGGCGCUUACUGGGCGACGGAGGGGAGCAGCAGCAGCAGCAUGGGCGCGGGUGGAGGGUCGUCGGGUGUGUUCCUCGCAGUCCAGGGCGUGGGGGGCAGCAGCAGUCCCAUGGGCAGUCAGCAGGCAGGGAGCUGUAGCAGCACGGGAGGAUAUUAUUACCCUCCGUCAGGCUCCAUCCCCUCCGCCUCCGCCUCCUCCUCCUCCGCCCUCUCACUGGCGCCUCCCAGGGCCAGGCCGGUCUUCUCACAAUCCACCUUCUCCCCGCCCGCGCCUGCCUUCACCAUUGGCACCUCCCCCCCGCCUCCCUCACUCACCCUCGCUGCUCCCUCCGCGACCUCUGCUGCUGCACCUGCAGCUUCUGCUGGCGCUGCUGCCACAGUUCCACCUGCAGGUGCAGCAACAGGUGCGAGCCUUACCAGCGGUACUGCUACUACUACUGCUGCGUCCUCCCUGCGCAGCCCUGUGGGACUGGCAGCGGCCCUGGCACCAGCGUCACAGCGCUUCUCCUCGCUCCGCCCCCCUGCACAAGGGAGCACCUCUGACUCGGCGCGCAAGGAAGCGCCGGCGUCCCCAUCUAUGGGUGCUGGCGGUGCUGGGGACGUGUUGAAAGAGCCGCUCUUGAUGCGGCAGCAGCAGGAGGAGGAGGGGGAGGGGGCAAGGCGGGGACCUGGGCCAGUCGCCGGAGCAGCAGCAGCAGCAACAGCAGCAGCAGCGCCAUCCGCACUGCCUUCCCCUCCACCCAGCACCACCGCCUCCUCCCACUUCUCCUUCCUCUCCCGCUGCCUCCCCAUCUCCUGUUGGCCCCUCCGCCCGUCCACCAGCCUCCCAACGCAGCAGCAGCUUCAGCAACACCAUCACCACCACCACACAGAGGAGGAGCGGCGGCGCAAGCAAGCAGAACUACUACUGGCAGUGGGCGAGGGAGCAGUGCGCGUGGGAGGGGGCAGGCGCCGGUCAGGGCCGAGAAGAGGGCAGGACUUCACUCUGCAGCAGGCGGCAGUGAAGGCGGAUUUCUGGCUGCUGUUUGUGUCGUUCCUGUGCGGCACGGGCAGCGGGCUGACGGCGAUUAACAACCUGGCGCAGAUGGGCGCGGCACAGGGGUACUCGAGUGUGCGUGUGUUCCUGUCGCUGCUCAGCGUCAGCAACUUCGUGGGGCGGCUGCUGGCGGGAUAUGCAUCGGAGCAUGUGGUCAAGGAUCACAUGCUCCCGCGCCCCGUGCUUCUCCUGCUAGCGCAAUCCCUCAUGGCCGUAGGCCACAUCUUCUUCGCCCUGGCAUUCCCCUCCUCGCUGCAUCUGGGGUCGGUGAUAGUGGGGCUGUGCUACGGCGUGCACUGGUCCAUCAUGCCGGCCACGGCCAGUGAAAUCUUUGGCCUCAAGCACUUCGGCAUGCUCUACAACACGCUCACCGCCGCCUGCCCCAUGGGCUCGUUUCCGGAUGCAAAGGCGCAGAAAGAGGAGGCAGAGGUGCGGGCUGCUGCAAGAGAAGUGGUUUCAGCAGCAGCUGCUGCUGCACGGAGGGCCCAAUACGUCCCCACAGGCCACACGCUCGGUCGCGGCGCCUUUGGCACCGUUCGCGUGUGCCGAGACUCCGCAACAGGCGGCGAGGUCGCAGUCAAGACAAUAUCGAAGCGGGUGUUAGCACUCGACAAUCCGGAUUUCGCGGAUGACUUCCGCCAGGAGGUGGCAAUCAUGCGGCUCGUCUCCCGCAGUGAAGUGAGUGGCGUGGUGCGGCUGCUGGAUGUGCGGGAAUCGCGCGACCACGUGCAUCUCGUCAUGGAGCGGUGCAACGCCGGGUCGCUCUCGGCCCUGAUCAAGUCGCGCCAACGGCUACCUGAGCACGAGGCUGCUGACGUCAUCAGGCAGCUGCUGACGACAGUAGCAGGGCUUCACAAAAUAGGACUCGCGGAUUUCGGCCUCGCCGUCUGCCUCCCCGCGCCGUCCGCGCAGAUCCGCGGAGUGGCGGGCACGGCGUUCUACAUGGCGCCGGAAGUGGCGCGCGGGCGGCUGUACGGGCGGGAGGCGGACAUGUGGUCGCUGGGCGUGGUGCUCCACGUGCUGCUGUCCGGCCGCCUCCCUUUCUACGGACGCACCGAGGACGAAACGCGGAAAAAGGCAUGUGCGGGCCACGUGGUGUUCUCAGAUAAGUACUGGGCGGGAGUGUCUGGGGCAGCGCGGCAGGCGGUGCUGCAGAUGCUGACGGUGGAGCCAAGGUGGCGGGCGACAGCUGAACAGGUGCUGCACUGUGACUGGCUGAGGGAAACAGGGCAAUGCUGA